ACAGCAAGCGAGCCAUUCAUGCACUCUGCCACGCAAAAAUUACCUACCGCGCGAACAUGUAACAACUAACCCACGAGAGAGCCGGGUACAACACCUUCAAUUAUUGUUUUUACCGAGAAAAUGAUAAACUUUAGAGUGCCGUUUCGUUUUUCACUAGGAGUAGUAUGAUAGACUGGACUAUAUUUUGUAUUAGUGUUUUCUUUUGAGUUGAGAUAACUAGUGUUGGUCAGUGACAGAGUUUUAUUUGUCGCUUGGUGUGGUGCUUUGGUUUUCUCCCAGUGUAAUGAAUGAUUUGAAGCGAUGGGAAAUAAUAUUAAUAACAGUGUAGCAAACUUAAAAAAUGGCGGAGUGCUCCUAUUCGCGAUGUGUCCAGCAACGAAGGAAUAUUAGAAGAGAAUUGCAAAAAUGGACAAGAAACAUGGUACAUAUUGUCGGGUUGGAACGAAUCGCUGAAGAGUUGAUGGGCCGAAGGAAAUGGAAACUCUACCAAGACGUGUCCAUGCAAAGAAGUUAUCUACAACCGUUAAACAACAACAAAGUGAUAAACCGAUCUACACAGAAGAACAAUCUUGUUGCUUCGCUGCAACAAGACCAACAAGAAAAUUUUACGAAAAAGGCUGCGGAGAAGGAGGACUUGAAAGUCGAGGAAUCGUUGGCUGGGACAGGGACAGGGACGGAGACCGAGGAGGACACGAGGGGCAGUGCGAAGGAGAACGGCACCUCGGCCUCUGGAGGCGGCGAGGCAGGAGAGGCGGCGAAGGAGGAGAACGGCGACCGGAAGGUCGGCUCGCGGUCCAAGCUCAUCGAAGAGCUCGAGGACGAGUUUUCCAUCAGAGACUGGAGACCGGAACCGUGUCACUUUUGCGCUGACGGCAAGCUGGAUAGUGAACACAACUCGCACGGGAGUCCCCGACAAUCGGACUCCGAAACAUCUGACAGCGACAGCGAGGCUCCGCCCUCUUUAACCCCCCACCACCUGCUCAAUAACAACCAUCACAGACCCCUCAACCCCCUACAUCACCAUCUUGCCAAUCCCAACAUGACCACCAUCGACAGCGUCAGAAAUAUGGCAACGCUGGCCGCCCUGGGAGCCCUAUCCGGAGGUAACUCUCCUGGGGGGCCGGGCUCCCCAUUCCCCCUCUACAACACCAACGUGUUGACGCAGAACUACCUGUACAUGGCCAACGUUGCCAGAUCGCUGCAGAGCCAGACCGAGGCGGAAAAAGUGGUCGGCGGCGGUGGCGGCGGCGAACAGCCACUAGAUUUAAGCAAGGGAUCGAGCAAUAGCCCAGUGGCGGAACAGAAGUUGGGCAACAAUGUGCCCCGCCUGCCCACACUGGACACCAAACACAUAUUCAAUUCUGAUUUUAGAGCCAAACCUAGAAUGUCCAAUGUAGCUGGUCGGAGGACCUACACGGAAGAUGAGCUGCAAGCUGCGCUUCGUGACAUACAGUCUGGAAAGCUAGGCACGAGAAGGGCAGCAGUGAUAUACGGCAUCCCGCGUUCGACGCUCAGAAACAAAGUUUACAAACUGGCGUUGGAGAAAGAACGGGAAUCGCACCUCAACAGUUCAGCGUCGUUAAAACUCGAUGAAGAGGAGGCCAUGGACGACGACAAGGACCUUUCUGGAGCCGAGGAGGAGAAGGAAGUGGAAAAAGCCUUGCAAGGACCUCUUCUAACUGUCCAAGAUAUCUACAGGUUUUCCAAUAUGGAGAAUCCUCCGGAGGCUCUGAAAGCCCUUUUGGCCAAGACUAAGGACAGCAUGGAGCAUUGGCAAGGUUUGGACCAUGCAGAGGUGGCUCCUUACAUCCAGAGUUUGCUGUUGGCUUCUCAAAACCUUCUGGUCAACGAAAAACCUCCGGACGGUCUUUUGAACCAUCUUCCGAACUUUAAGAACAUCAUUUCCGAUGAGCAGUACAUCAAACACAACAAUGGCGACAGCGAGAAGUUGUCUGUGAUCACCAAAGUGGAAAAGUCCAAGUCGGAUUCCGAUAUGGAAACUGACGAAGGCCCAUCCAACGUGAUAUUGAAAAUUCCGUCCUUUAAACCGACCACGAGCAAAAACGGUUGCGACAUCUACAGAAGCUCCGCGGAAUCGGGGAGCAUGGUCUCUCCCUCGGUGACUAGCGAGUCGAACUCUCCCCCCAUCCUCCCCACCGUGAAGGGCGGCCUGAUCCUGAAAGACGUCAAGGACGUGAUAGCUCAGAGCAUCACGCAGAAGUUUCAGCAGACGCUGCAGGACCCGUCGAGCCGAAGACCCAUCAUGGAGAUGGACUUCAAGAGCGGCGGUUACGGUUCUCCGCUGGGUGCAGGCGGCAUCAGCGUGAUUAAAAGUCAGUCGGACGUCAACAGGCAGUACCAACCUCAGCCGCCCAAACCUCAGCCACAAGGAGGCGGCGGCGGCGGCAGCGGCGGGGGCAACGCCACGGGGGGCAAGGGCACGCGGCCCAAGCGCGGCAAGUACCGCAACUACGACCGCGACAGCCUGGUGGAGGCGGUGCGCGCCGUCCAGAGGGGCGAGAUGUCGGUGCACAGGGCGGGCAGCUACUACGGCGUGCCGCACAGCACCUUGGAGUACAAAGUGAAGGAGCGGCAUCUGAUGAGGCCGCGCAAAAGGGACCCGAAGCCGAACCCCGUGGACGAGAAGAUCGCCAGCCUGAAGCAGAACGACCUGAGGAUCGCGCAGGACAAGUUAAAGCCGGUGACUAUGAAGCCGCCGCAGAAGUUCUCCCCCACGCACGCCAACGGCAUGAAGAUGCCCAUCUUCGAGCAAGGAAUGCCGCACGGUCCUCUGGCAGGCUACAACAACCCGUUCCCGUUCUGGCCGCACCCGACCUUCCACGCUCUGCCGCUGACAGCGGAGUACGCGGGUCGCAAUCCGCCGUCUCCGUUCCCGCCCAACCCCGAGUUCUUCGCCACGCAGAUGAUGCAGAAGCUGCACGAGGACUCGUCGCGGCUGGCGCCUCAGCAGGCCGCCUCGCCGCCCGGCGGCACCCCCAAGUUGGCGAAGAACGCCCGACAAAUAGCGGAGUCGCUGCUGGACGGCACGGGAAGCAACGGGUCCUUCCUGGACGGAAUUAUAAGUCUCGGUUUCAGGUCGAGCUUGGAAUCGGGCGUGCCCGGGCAAGAGGAGAAAUCUCCGCCGGAAGAGAAGAACGUCGCGCCCGAGAACAUGUCGAACAAAGCGCUGCUGGAUCAGCUGUGUCGAAACAGCCGACUAACGCCGCUCUCGAAACCGGGAGCGGCGGCCGCCCCCGCCGACGCCGCCGGCGCCGCCGCGUCGGCCAACAGUUCCGGGGACGAAUCUUACAGGAAAGGUGCCAGUCCACUGAACUUUGCCACAGGAGGCAAUAACGGCAACGCAAACUCAAACCAUGACGACAGCAGAUGCGAGGCAAAAUCCCCGCAUAUGCGACCAAACCAAGACGCAAACUCCGCGAUCGAGUUGUCGAACGAUUCGACCGACUCGUCUACGAACGGAGCCAACGAUCGUCCGAAAACGGACGACGAUCUACCGAAACAUCCUCCCGCUCGAAUCUACCUUAAACAGGACCUCGUAAAUCCGGACAACUUAAAACCGGAACUACUCGUGCGUUUCGGGGCGGAAAUGCCCGAGCGCAACGGCGAGACUACGAGCCAAAACGAACACGAAAACGACUGACAUCAAAUUGUAAGUGAACCGACUAUAUACACAUAAAAUAAACUUCAAAAAACUCAUGGACAAGGUUUAAAAUUUUAAGAGUAAAACAAAGUAUAAAACGAAGCUGAGUACGUGAAAUGUUGAAUUAAAUAAUGUUUUGCGUUUAUGCGCAGACGGCGAAGUUAUGAUGCGCAGACUGUUUGUUGGUAUUUUAUGGCGUAAAAUUGUGCCAAACCAAAAACAGUUUAGAUUUAGUUUAAAAUUUGUUAUAUUAUUAUGAUGUUAUUGCAAGAUUUAGUUCGGUGUUAUUUCUUAAAUUAUUGUUGUUUUAAAAAAAAUUAAAAUUUUGUGAUAACAUUUUUUUAAGUAAAUACCAAUCGAUUUUCGCAUCAUAAUUUUGUCUGGUUGCUAAAAAAUCAAAAUAAAUGUUGACGGUAUUUGUUGAAUAUAUUAUUUAUAAUUUUUUUAUAAUAUAAUUAGGAUUAGUAUUUUAUAUGCAUCAAAGCAGUGUUACCAUUACUAACUAGGUGUCUCGAUUUAAAAUUUGCCAAUUUUGUAGUAUAGUCAAAUUUAUACAUUCCAAAAUGAUUUUUUUCGAAAAAAAAAAAAUUGGGGAUCCCAAAAUCGAACGGAUUUAAUUGUAAUUGUAAGUAAAAUGCCGUAGUUAAAAAAUAAAUUAGAUAAAUGAAAAAAUAUUUUUGAUUAGGUUUUGUUUAAGUAUUACAUAUCAAAAUGCUUAUUUGGGGGUGCCUCAGGGCGCCGUUCUAAGACCAACUCUACCUAUACAUUUCAUGCCAAGUGUGUUUACCCUACUCUACGAGGUCCAAAAGUUAUACAUUAUGAAAAAAAAGUUUGUUUUUUAAUUUAAAUACCUGUAUAUACAUACGAGAUCAAAUUUGCAAAGUACCUUAAGUAGAUUUUGUAUAUGAGUAGAUUUAGAUGAUUUGAAAUUUUUGUGCCUACUAUUGAAAAAAUGUGAUAAACAGUUUUAAAUUGUUAAGGUUUCGUUUUGGGAUCUCCGGUUUUCCAUAGAGCGAUUUUUUCCACCCGUUUGGCUAUACGACAAGAGGAAAAAUCGUGUGUGUUUGUAAAAGUUGUCCAAUGUGUAUUUGGCCAAAAUAUCAUUAAUGUAUCUAAAAUUCGUAAAUGUCGUAACGCGUAAGUUUUACAUUUUAUGUAACUGCUUUGAUGAAUAAUAUAAAAAGCGCAAAAAUAACUGGGUCUAAUUCGGCCGAGUUAUUUUUGAGCUUGUGACCCAUUCGGGGUAGUAUAAAAUAUCCCAGAAUUGAAAAAUUAUAUCUAUCUGUGAUUUAAUCAAAAUUUUUUGAUGUAUAUUUUCUCUAAAAAUAUCUUAAAAUAUUAUAUAAAAUUUAAACAUUUAGAUUUAGAAUUAUUGAUAUAACGUUCGUCGGGGGUGGGGUCAAUUUUACCCCCACUCCGUGAACUCGUUUUGUUUUCCUUUUUUUCAUAUAACAAUUGAAGUGCAAUUAGAUGGUAUAUACAUACAUAUAUAUUUACAUCAAUAUUAAGUAGUAUAUAAGAUAUAUUAAAAUAUAUUAUAUAUUUGAAAAAAUGGAAGCUAUUUUGUUUUUUGAGAGAUAAAAGAUUGACUUCAAGUGGUAGAUAUAUACAUGCUUUUUCCUCCCCGACCUGUUUUCAACAACCGUCAAAACUCACAACAAAAAUAACCGUUUACCAAACCGAUACCGACAGUUACAAAAAGUUGCCAGCAAGAAAAUCCCCAGACGUUUUCAACAAAUCCACACAAAAAAUAGCAUGGAUUUUUUCGCCCAGAUAUCUUAGUUUAAAUAUAUCUUGGUUAUUAUUGGUUACACAAUAAAGUAUAUUGUAUAAAAGUUUUAGAUAUUUAAAUUUUUUACAAGAAAUGUUAUAUUCAUUUUUUGCGUAAAAUAAACCAUUAAGGUGCUAUGAAAUUUUCACAAAAAUAUAUCUCGGAUAAAAAUUGUGUUUUAACAUUCCAAAAUGUGUUUUUACCAUUCUAAAUUGUGUUUUUGAUACUUUGAUAAUUAAUUUUAGUACCCCUUAAUAUUUUUUUAUAUUCCUAAUCUUUUUGCAUCAUUCCUUGUAAAUCUAAGUAUUUUUUAAAUAUUUUUAUUUAUACUAUUUCCUAUUCUGUUUUUAACAUUUUAAAAUGUGUUUUGGCAAUGUAAAAUGUUUCUGACAUUCUAAAUUGUGUUCUUGAAUUUUUUUACAUUUAAAUGGAGACAUUAUACGCUAAAAAACAAUGAACAAAGUGAGCUAUUCCCACACUAGUUGAAUAAUGAAAAUAUUGUUCCAGAAGUUGAAUAAUAAAAAUAUUGUUAAACUAAUCAAACAAUUUUCCAGGAAAUUUCAGAUUGUUAAGUUUAAGCUUUGCUAAGCUUAAGCUAAACUCAAGCCAAGCUUAAGUUAAAGCUUAAGCUUAAACUCAAGUUAUAUCUUAACUUAAGUUCAGCUUAAGCCUAAUCUCGAACUUAAGCUUAAGCUAAGCCCAAGUUUAAGCUUAAAUUAAGCUUGAGCUUAAGCAUUAACUUAACAAACAAUUUUCCAGGGAAAUUCAGAUUGUUAAGUUUAAGAUAAGCUUAAGCUAAAAUUAAGCUAAGCUUAAGAUUGGGCUUUCAGCUUAAGUUAUAUUUUAGGCUUAAGCUUAAACUCAAGUUUAAGCUUA